AUGGAUGAGGAAGGUUCAAGAGGAAAAGGGAAAGAUGAACAAGAGAAUGUUAAGUACAGAGGAGUACGUAGGAGGCCAUGGGGAAAAUUUGCAGCAGAGAUUCGUGACUCAACGAGGCAAAGCCAAAGGGUAUGGCUGGGAACUUUCAACACAGCAGAGGAAGCAGCCAGAGCCUAUGACAGAGCCGCUUAUGCCAUGAGGGGUCCCUUUGCAGUCCUCAAUUUCCCUAAUGAAUACCCCCCUUCAACAGGUUCUGCUGCUUCUUCUUCCACAUCAGCAUCUUCUUCCUCUUCAAGUCAUAGACAUGUUGAAGAAAGAGGAAGUGGGAGUGAGGAAGCAAAGCAAGUGUUUGAGUUUGAGUACUUUGAUGACAAGUUGUUGGAGGAGCUUCUUGGUUAUGAAGAUAAAAAGAAAAAGGAUACGUGA